GCCCCGCUUCGAAAACGUGAGAAUUAGACAGAGUCGAGACAGGUCCGAGAAACUAUGACGAGGCCUGAGCGGCUUCAUAAAGCAGGAGCUUCCCGCUCUAUCGCCUCCUCUCCGUGACGACGGGGCAUUGGAAGACAUUACGUUUCAGGCUCCCGGUCCUACGGGUUUGGCCUUGGGCAGGGCCGAUGGGAAAGACGACUUUACUGACGGGACAUCUUCUAACAACUCGGAACACCAGUAGGGACCGAGUAUGGUAUCGCUCUCGUCUCAAGAAUCGACACAGUCUGGCCAGUCACUCGCUACUCCCCAGGAAGGGGCUUCCGAAGCACCGCCAAUGACCCCGCGAGAUGACUUGCGCACGAAUCCCAUGGAGGAGCAACUACUGGCCGCCAUCGCCCAUUCACCCGCGGAACGUUCACCUUCCCGAUCGGCGAGUGUCCCCUCUGAGCACUCAGAGUCGCACGGCUUUAUCAGUUCGGCGAACAUCAAGAUCACUUUCUUCAGGGCGGCCGCCACCAUACGGCGGACCAUGAAUCUAGACUGCCGCAUGUUCCUGGAUGCCGUUCCAAGUUCCUACCUGGACCGACCGGACCAGCCGUCGCUCGACUCAAGGGACCCCCCACGCUCCCCAACAGAAGGGCCGUUUUGCGCAACAAUAGUCAAGCCUGUCGCUGGCCACGGCACCGACGCUGCUACACAUUCAAAUUUUCAGCUGCCUGAAGUAUCGCCGCAUCGCUUCAUUCAAGCAUAUCCGAGAGGCCAUGUUUUCACUGCCGACGAACUUGGCCCUAUUGACGACAGCUAUGGCUUGGGAAAACCUUUUCAGUCACGACCCGCUGCCGAUAAGAAGAGCUUGCGGCUGAGGAACGACAUUACCGCACUCUUUCGUAUCCUGCCCGCUGCCAAAUACAUCAUCCUCCUCCCCUUGUGGCAUUUUCAGCGGGAGUGCUGGUACACUGCCACAUUCGGUUGGGUCGAAGACCCAAUACGGGCCGUGAACGUUGGCGAGCUCGGUCUGAUUUUAGCUUUCGGAAGCUCGGUCAUGGCUGAAGUAUCACGGCUGGAGACGCUGGCUGCCAGCCGUGCCAAGUCGGACUUUGUUUCGUCCCCCAGCCAUGAGCUGCGAAGCCCGCUCCACGGUAUCAUGGCCAGCAGCGAACUGGUUCGUGAGGGAAUAUCGGACCGAACACUCUUGUCAACUCUCGACAUGCCGGACUCGUGUGCUACCACUUUGCUCGAUACUUUCAAUAACCUACUUGACCAUGCUGUCGUGACCCAUUCUGGGCUUAAGCGCGGUUCCGGGGCAUUGCUGACCUCGAGGAUACGCGAAACGGACUUGGGAGCUCUGGUGAGGAGGUCGUGGAGGUCGUUAGAGUGGGACAUCUCACAGGGAACGCGCUUCAGAUGCAUUCGAGGGGCGGCCAACGUCGACUUGCCAGUAGGGCACAGGGCUUGCCGAACCAUCCCGUGUUCAUCACGAUACAGACCGAGAAACGCCAGUGGAAGCUUUCCAUCGACGUGGGCGUUUGGAAACGUAUUGUCAUGAACGUCUUCGGAAAUGCUAUCAAGUACACCAGUGCCGGCCGCGUCGAGAU